CGUGCAUGCGUACGUCCGUGCGUGUGUGUGUCAACUAGUUGUUAGCUAGCGCUAGCUGCUCAGUUAGCUAGCUUGUUGAAAUAUUUCAACAUAGGCUCCGUUUAUGCCAACAAACAGCUGUGGUUCACCAUGAGAGAGGACCACCGCUCCCGCUGCGUGUCUCUCAAUCUUCAUGUCAAAGAGGACGGGGGACUCUGAGACAACCAUGAGAAGUUAGUCAACGCCAACAAAAAGUAAGCUAGAGUUUGUGGACAGGCUAGUGCCUUGCUCGCUAGCAUCCUGAGCAGGAAAGCUCUGAGAUUUUGCAAGGACUGGAUGCGGAAGGAGGAUAUGAGGCAAGCUGGACAACUAAUGCUAACUAUGAAUGUUUUUUCAUACAUUCAGUGGGUUACCAAUGUGCCAAAAAGUCACUCUCCAUAUUACCCAACAAGGAUUAGGCUAGAGUGUGGCAACGUCGGUGCAGGGGGAGAACACAUGCUGGCACAAGAAUAUGCAAGGACUCUUGACCUCAACUGAAGUGUACAUAUCCAAGACACAGAACUAUUGUCCUUGAUGAAACAGUCUUGGUUAACCUGCCAUCCCCAAUGGAAGUGCCAUCGUAGACACAAGAUACUGUGGCUCGAACUGCUGCACAGUUUCUUGAGCUACAGCCUCGGAGGAAGCGUUUCAGCUUUUGGUUGCACUUGAAGGUGGAGAUGGGUUCUCAAGCUCUUCAGAUAUUGCGGCAGGGUGUGUGGGCUUCACUCACAGGAGGAUGGUAUGUGGACCCACAUCAGAGCACAUUCUCCAACUGCUUCCACCUCUACCUUUGGAUAUUUCUCCUGGCCUUCCCCUUUCUGCUGUACAUGGCUCUUCCUCCCAGCUUGGUGGUUGCAGGCAUGUACUCCGCUGUGGUGGCAGUCUUUUUCACGGCCAUUAAGGUGGUGAACUACCGGCUUCAUACCAUGUUCGACCUUGGGGAGAUUGUAGAGAAGAAGCAUGCCUCACUCACAGCCGAUGCCCCAAAGACAGAAGAGGGAGAUGAAGGUUCAGGUGCCCAUGAUGGGAAUCAGCACAGGGAUAGUCAUGUUGGUGUGGAGAUGACUGUGUUUCGGAAGGUCAACUCAACACCCCCGGUGCGCUGUAGCUCCCAGCACACUCUGUUUGGAUUGAACCAGGUGUCGGAGUUCUUGCCCCAGCUGGAGGAUACAGGAGGCACCAAGGAUAUCAAAGAGCUGAUGCGGGAACAAGGAAGCAAUAAUAUGAUUGUUACGUCAGCUCACCGGGAGAUCCUACGGCAGAGGUCCCAGGACACCAUUCGGGCUCCCAGCGUGGUUCAGUCCUGCAUUGCUGCUGCUCUGGGAGGAGAUUUCCCAGGUCUCAUGGGAGUACCUGGAAUGUCAGCUGGAUUUGGAGAACCUGGAGACUGCUUGUCGAUCCCCCCUUCACCCUCCAGUCAAGAAGAUGGAGGCGAGAAAGAACAGUUGCAGGAAGUGGAGGAGUUACCAGAACAACUGUCUCAGCAGAGUCCUGAGGACAAUGGGUUGGGGGCUUAUUCUCCCCUUGGCCCCUCUGCUGAAUCUGAGAGUCUCGGGGAUACUCCCCUUAGCCCCCUUAUAAAGAGCAGCUUAAGUGAGGAGCUGAGUGAAAAUCUACUGGGUUUGGGCCUUGACCCUGUGGCGUUUGCACCUGGGACUGAGCACCCAGGCAGCCGCAGCGGGGUAGCACUAGCUGCCGGAUCCACGGACAGCUGUUUCAGUGCAGGUGGAGCCACCACAGACCGUGAGACGCUAAGCACGGUUAGCAGUUACCGCAGUGAAAAAACUGAUUCCACUCAGCUGGAGAGUCCUUCAUUCAGUCAGCCGCGGCCCGCAGAUGGACAGGCUUCUGCCUCAGCACCUGCUAUAGGCUCUAACAACCCCAAGCCCUCAGAGGAUCCAUUAGGACAGGGUGGCAGUGAUACUGACAACCUGUCAGACAGUGUGCUACUGCGCUCCCCUUCCAAAGAAUUCUCCCUCAGCCAGGGGCUAGACAGGACACUUGUUGAAGGAGAGGAUUUGUCCCCUGUACCCUGUGAUAUUGCACAGCCCCGUCCUCUCCAGAACUCUUCCCCUUCAAGUAGUGAUCACUCAGAGGUUUGUGAUUUAGACAGAAAUGUCCAGGUUCCUCCUCUUCCCCCACCUCGGCAGGCCAAUUCAGUGCCCUCAGGGCUGGCCCUGGGUCUAGUGUGUUCUGAGCCUGCUUUGCCCAUAUCCUCUACCCCCUUUUUACUGUCUGACCAGCCUGCUCUGCAAGCCCAGCAGGUUGUGCGCCCUAAAGACUUAAAGCUGCUGCGGGCCAGCGGCAGUAGUGUGGGGCACAGGCCCGGCCGAAGGAAAGCUCCACGAAGGCGAGCUGGAGCAGGAAGCAGCAGUUUUGACUGUGGCUCUUACAGGCGUCACCACAAUCAUAGACAACACAGAGAUUACAUCCCAGUGCGCAGCCGACUGGGCGCCAAGGCUUACAGUGAAAGUUUGUUUGAGGACUCCAGCGACGAGGAUGAUGGCAGUGACAUGAGCGCUGGUUCUAGUCUGGGCUCUCAGCGCCGAUACAGCUCCGAUGAUGACGACGAUGAUGAUGACUCAAGUUCCUCUACCUCCUGCUACUCCCCGGACCUCGCUAACACUGGCAUUACAUCCCCGCUCACCACUGCUGCUCAACUGCCCACUCCAAGGGAAGGGGAUUUACCUGAAACUGCUGGCCCCUCACAUUCUCGUGCUGCUCAGCGCUCUUCUAGUACCGCUAGUGCUAAGACUCAUGCAAGAGUGCUAAGUAUGGAUGGGGCAGGUGGAGGCCAGAGCAACACAGCAGCUUUGCCUUCUACUUUGCUUUCAAUGCCCUCCACCUCCACCCCUGCACCUCGCACUCUCACGAUCUCAAAGUCUGAUCUGGAAGCCCGCACCAUCCACACUGACAGUUUCCCUGGAACUCAUCACCAUCGGCUGGAUUCUCUUGGAGGGUCUUGGACUGGAAACCAGAUGGGCUGGAGGGCAGAAGAGCUGGUUGAAGAGGGAGCUGUGGGAGGAGCCAUGGCUCCAGAGGAUGGGGGCAAACACGACUCAGUUAGCAGUGUUAAGAGGACCCAGGCCAUCCGCAGGAGACACAAUGCUGGGAGCAACCCUACACCGCCCCCGUCCACCAUGGGAUCCCCUCCCAGCCUUCAGGACCUCCAGCGGGCUCGGACCUCAUCUCAUUCACGGACCCGCACACUUCCCUCAGCCUUACAGUUCGCCUCCUCACUCCUACUGCCCCGCAGUGGCAUCCAUGAGGCCUCCACCUUCGACGACACAUCAGAGGGGGCAGUGCACUAUUUCUACGACGAGAGUGGAGUGAAGAGGUCCUACACAUUUGGACCUGGUGGAGGCGGUUAUGAGGACCCAGUUCAGGAAAGGGAGAGACAGUCCCAGUCCUCGAGCUUCACCUCCACUGAGGUCCAGGAAGGGGCACCAGUCCUGUCCAUGCUCCAGCCAAGACCUGUGGUUUUACAGGGCAUGCAGGUGCGCAGGGUGCCUCUGGAAAUGCCUGAGUUUGAUCUGGAUCAUGAGUCUCUACAAGAGUCCCAGGAAAACACUCUGAUGAUUGAGGAGAAAGCAAAACCCAAACAGUAUUAUCGCUUUUGGGUGCUGCCCGGAAAGUGGCUGAGGGUUCGAUAUGAUCGACUGGCUCUUCUGGCCUUAUUGGACAGGAACCGCCGUGUGGGAGAGAACGUGUUUGCUGUGGUGCUGGCCAGUCUGGUGGCCUUCUUGGGGUUCCUACUGCUGCUCCAGGACUUUUUCAGGGACAUCUGGGUCUUCCAGUUCUGCCUGGUCAUCGCUAGCUGCCAGUACUCUUUACUGAAGAGUGUACAACCAGAUGCAGCUUCUCCCAUGCAUGGCCAUAACUGGAUCAUUGUGUACAGUCGGCCGGUCUACUUCUGCUUGUGCUGUGUGAUGAUCUGGAUCUUUGACCUGUCUGGGCGCUCUGGCAGCCUGCAACCCUUCUCCCUCUAUGGUGUCACCUUCUUCUCUGCACAUUUCCUGCUCUGCGUCAGGGAUAUGCUCAUUGUGUUUGCCUUGUGUUUCCCGGUCAUUUUCCUGUUUGGGCUGCUACCUCAGGUCAACACUUUUGUGAUGUGUCUGCUGGAGCAGAUCGACAUGCACAUUUUUGGUGGAACUGCCACUACCAGCCCCCUCUCGUCUCUGUUCAGCCUCAUACGCAGCAUGUUGGUGGCUGCUCUGCUGUAUGGAUUUUGCCUCGGUGCUAUCAACGCGCCGUGGGGGGAUGCCCAUGUGCCAGUACUGUUCUCUGUGUUUUGUGGCCUACUCCUGGCCUUAUCCUACCACCUCAGCCGCCAAAGCAGUGACCCCACCAUCCUGUGGUCACUGGUCCGGUCUAAAUUAUUCCCAGAGUUGGAGAACCGAACACCAGAAGAACCCCCCGUGGAGAUCAAGGACCCUCUUCCUGAGAAGCUGCGUAACUCUGUGAAAGAGAUUCUUCAUUCAGACCUCGUCAUGUGUCCCCUCAUGGCCGUGAUCACCUUCGCCAUCAGUGCCAGCACCGUUUUCAUCGCUCUUCAACCUGCUCUUAGCUUCGUCUUGUACAUCCUGGCCGGAGUCGUAGGCUUCAUUACUCACUAUCUCCUGCCUCAGCUCCGUAAGCAGCUGCCAUGGUUCUGCCUGGCUCACCCUGUGCUCCGCUCCAGAGAGUACAGUCAGUUUGAGGUCCGAGAUGCUGCUCAGUUGAUGUGGUUUGAGAAGCUGUAUGCGUGGCUUCAGUGCGUGGAGAAAUAUUUCAUCUACCCGGCUGUGGUGCUUAACUCCCUAACGACAGAAGCUCGAACUGUGGGCCAGAACUACAAAGAGCUGGACAUCUACCGAGCUCUCUUCAUCUCAAUAGCAGGCAUGAAGUUGCUGCGUUCGUCAUUCUGUGCCCCAUCGCAGCAGUAUGUCACGCUGUGCUUCACAACACUCUUCUUCCAUUUUGACUAUCCACACUUCUCGGAGACCUUCCUAAUUGACUACUACUUCAUGUCCAUUCUCUUCAGCAAGAUGUGGGACCUGCUGUACAAGCUGCGCUUUGUGUUGACUUACAUUGCCCCCUGGCAGAUCACCUGGGGCUCAGCCUUCCACGCCUUCGCUCAACCCUUCGCCGUUCCCCACUCUGCUGUGCUUUUUGUUCAGGCCAUAUUUUCAGCCAUCUUUUCCACCCCUCUCAAUCCUGUCCUGGGCAGUGCCGUGUUUGUCACCUCAUACACCAGACCUGUAAAAUUCUGGGAGAGAGACUACAACACCAAGCGCGUCGAUCAUUCCAACACCAGACUUGCCACUCAGUUAGACCGCAACCCAGGUGCCGAUGACAACAAUCUGAACUCUAUUUUCUACGAGCACCUGACACGCUCUCUGCAGCACAGCCUGUGUGGAGACCUGCUGCUCGGCCGCUGGGGCAACUACACCACAGGCGACUGCUUCAUCCUUGCCUCAGACUACCUCAACGCUCUGGUGCACAUCAUCGAGAUCGGCAACGGCCUGGUCACCUUCCAGCUGAGGGGUCUGGAGUUCAGAGGUACCUACUGUCAGCAGAGGGAGGUAGAGGCCAUCACAGAGGGGGUAGAGGAGGAUGAGGGCUGCUGCUGCUGUGAACCUGGUCACCUUCCCCACAUGUUGUCCUUCAAUGCUGCCUUCGGACAGCGCUGGCUGGCCUGGGAAGUGGCCGCCACCAAGUAUGUACUAGAGGGCUACAGCAUCAGCGACAACAAUGCAGCCUCCAUGUUGCAAGUGUUUGACCUUCGUAAGAUCCUCAUCACAUACUACGUCAAGAGCAUUAUCUACUAUGUGAGUCGAUCAUCUAAGAUGGAGGAGUGGCUGACUAAUGAGACGAUUCAGGAGGCUCUACGGCCUUGUCUCGGACCCAACUACGUAGACAGUGACCCCACCUUCAACUUGAACAUCGAUGAGGACUACGACCACAGGGCCUCUGGCAUUACCCCCUCCUCAUUCUGCAUGGUUUACCUGGACUGGAUUCAGUAUUGCAACAGCAGGCGUCAAACGCCGGUGACUUGUGAAAGAGAUUCUCCACUUGUCAACCUCUGUUUCGGGCUGUGUAUCCUGGGAAGACGAGCUCUGGGCACGGCCUCCCACAGCAUGUCUGCAAGCUUGGAGCCGUUUCUCUAUGGCCUCCAUGCACUCUUCAAGGGAGACUUUCGUAUCACGUCUCCCAGGGAUGAAUGGGUGUUUGCAGAUAUGGACCUGCUGAACCGAGUUGUGGCACCAGGAGUGCGGAUGUCCCUCAAAUUGCAUCAGGACCACUUCACAUCUCCAGACGAGUACGAGGAUCCUAUGGUUCUGUAUGACGCCAUCACUGCCAAUGAGGAAAAGAUGUUGAUAUCUCACGAGGGUGACCCCGUGUGGCGCAGCGCUAUUCUAGCAAACAUGCCUUCACUGCUGGCACUGCGCCACAUCAUGGAUGACGGCAGUGACGAGUACAAGAUCAUCAUGCUUAACAAGAGGUUCCUCAGCUUCAGAGUCAUCAAGGUGAACAGAGAGUGUGUGCGUGGGCUGUGGGCGGGGCAACAGCAGGAGCUGGUUUUCCUGCGCAACCGUAACCCAGAGCGUGGCAGCAUUCAAAACGCCAAACAGGCCCUGAGGAAUAUGAUCAACUCCUCGUGCGACCAGCCCAUCGGCUACCCCAUCUAUGUGUCCCCCCUCACCACCUCAUACGCCGGGGGGCACAGUCAGCUCCGCUCUGUGUGGGGAGGACCUGUCAGCCCGCACAACAUUUACACCUGGCUCAUCAGUAGCUGGGACAGGUUACAGAAAGGUUGUGGUGCUGGCUGUAACAGUGGAGGAAACAUUGAGGACUCAGACUGUGGAGGCGGUUCCACCUCUCUCUCCACCAACCCAGCUGUUCACACCACCCAGAGUACACCCGCCUCCAGCCUUCCCCAGCCACACAUCACCACUGUCCAGCCCUCCAUGGGUACAGACAACCCCGUGGGUCCAACCCAGAGCUGGCCUCACCACCCCCAACCUCUCCCAUUAGCUCUGCUCAGCCAAUCAGAGGGCAGGAUGGAGGCAGGACUGCUCACAUCCCUACAGCGUACGUCCUCCAUCCAGGGGCUCCUGGGCCAUCAGCUGUCCAGUUCCCAGCUCUCCUUCAGCAGCUCUAUGGCUCCACCUCCUCUGCCAGGCCCAGAGCGCUUCUGCCCAGUGAGCCUCCUGGAGAACUCGGGACACAGAGCAGGCCAGCGGGCUGGCCUCGGCCCGGGCGGCGGACUACACUAUGAGAGCCACUUUGGCAAGUGGAGUUUUUCAGGCAGGAAGGGCUUUAACGGACCAGCUGCAGUGGAGGGGGAAGGAGGAACAGUACAGACCACACGCACACAGCCUACUCUUCCUGCACCCCUACAACAGGCCAGUCUGACACAAGAUCCUCUGGGAGCCACUCAGACGAUGGAUCCAACCCUGCUAAAUGCAGGCGACCCCCCCACCCCUCGAGAGGAAUCCACAGAGCUGCCUUUACUUGAGCACCUGCGCUGAGUCUGCACUGGGAGACCCAAAGUGACAUGCUCUGCAGUGAAAGCACACCACGGUCAAACCUGGACCAGGCCUGGCCCACCCAGACCAGACUCAUUCCACCUUCUGGACUCAUUCCAUCAACCCUUGUUUAACUAAGUCAGUGCAACCUGUAACGGCCCACUGCAAUACUGGAUGGAUUUUGUUAUACACACACAUCACCCCUCUCCUUCUUAGCCAAAGGAGUUAAACAUCUGAUAGCAUGCUGAGCUGAUGCACGUCAGAUCAUGAGAUAAUUUCAGCCAAGCUGUUUAUUCAAAAGUCAGCUUUCAUCAUGACUCCUGAUGAUAUACUCAUUCUUAACUUUGUUUUUGGACAAAGGCACUCUCUUGUCUCUAUGGACAACCUUUUGGUUGCAACAGUAGUGACAGGCCAGAAAGGCCAGUGCAAUCAUAAGGGAUAGUUGGCUGACUUUCUCUCACCUGACAUCUGCAGCGUUUUUUUUUUUUUUUUGCAUAACCAAGAAAAAAGGAUCCUACAGUAUGUUGCUGUAUGAGCAGGUGAAGGAUAUGUGGAAACCAUGAUAAGCCUUGUUCAGUUUCCCCCCAUGUUACCAUCCUCACUGGACCUACAGUUGCGCGAAAACAAUAUUUAAGAGGACAUAUUGACCAGUUUCAGGAGCCUCUGCUUCUUCUUUUUCCCUGCAAAUUAUACAUAGUCAACAAGAAAAAAAAAAAAAAACACACCCCACCAAAUUGUCAUCUUUGUCCUCUGACCUAUUUCCUACAGAGGUGCCUGACAACAUCAACACUCAACAGUUCUGUCUUGGAGCAAGUUUUAAGGGGAAAACAAACUCCCUUCCGUCCCAGCCAACAUGUGGUGCUUUAACCGCUAGUUUACAGUCUAUUAGGCCUGGACAUGAGUCCUGAAUCUGACUAGCAACACAGAAAUGUGGGAUGACUUCGGACAGAGCUGGUGCCCAUGAAUCAGAAUCAAGUGGAGGGUGAUUCCAAUCUUUGAAAAUUGUGUUGAUCACAAACCUACAAACUGGGAGUGUUGGAAACUUAAAGCCUUUUUUUUGUUUUGGUGAGUGGAAUGUCCUUUUUUGUUUUUAAACUUUUACUUGAAGAAUCACGAGUUCCUUUGUGUUUAAGGUGCACCAAGCUUGUUUUCUUUGGAUGACCGAUCAAUGACGUCUGCUCUGAUCACAUCCACUCAGCUCAUGACUUUCUCAAAAGAAGGGACCCAGCCCGCUUUGUGUGAGCAGCUCUGUUUUCUUUGCCUGCAGUAUGGUCCCUCCCGUUACUAUACUACUGCUUCUGCAUCUCCUGCUACUACUAAUAUACCCACUACUACUGCUGUUUCUACAACAGUCAAAUCCAGCGUUUUAGUUGGAAAUCAACAAAGUUGAAUAAAUACUGAAAGCAAAGGUGGAAUAUUUAUUUGAUUAAUAUUGUCUUACAGAUAUCUUUAACGGGGUUUGUCAAUAUGAUGUGAUGAUGUAUCGAAUUGGAAAUCUGCCUUCUGUCAACUGCACCCCCAUCCCUCCCUCAAUUUGUUUGGUGUCAUCACAUUUGUAUCAUCUCACCAAUUGCUGUCUUUUUUUUUUUUUUUUAAGUGCGUAAUACAGUAUAACUGGAAGUAUUCCUGAGAAGUCACUUUAAGUUGGUUUCUUUCCCACUCCUGCACUCUUUGCUCCACCACUGUGAAAAUCAAAUUAAAACACUGAUUUAGGAAGUAGAUCGCGCAAAAAGAAGCUGGCAGUCCGACCAAAUUCGGCGCCAAAUGUUUCCCCUAAGUCCAGUGGCUUGGUGCCUAUGUGUUGUCUGCAGUGGUUGAAUGAUUCUGAAAUAUCCUUGUGCUAUAGCAUUAAUCAUUGCAACUGCCUCGUAGGCUAGUUUUAUCACCAAAUUCUCUCUUCAAAGCGGCGUUCCCCUUAAGGAAACUUGAAAGGAGGCCAACAUUCUCAGGGUCUAUAAUGGGAAAGAAAUUGACUUCUUCUGCAGGAAGACUUUUUGUUCAAAAGGAAGAAACCCAAAAGGGGGAUAAAAAGUAAGUGUCAGUAAUGGGGCAAGUUGAGUACCGGCCGGGUCACCCUGACGUUACAAAAGAUGCCCCUCUUUACAGCAUUUUGCUCUCUAUGGGUUAUAAUAUGUUAUGCAUGCUGUUAAAUCCACACAUUUGUUGAAUCACUUUGUCUUUGCAGCGCUGUUUUUUCCCCACUUUCAGCUCCUAACAUCUGAACAAGGGACACACGGUAUAAAGCUUUUUUUUUUUUUUUUUUUUCUAUUUUAAGAAUCUUAUUAGCAGCCGUGAUAUUUCUGUCAGUCUCAGCUGUAAAGAAGCUGCGGCAGGUGAAAAGUGUGUCAGUAUCCCUCUCAAAACACGUUAGUAACUCCCUUGACUCAGGAAAAACAGACUUUCGGAUCAGUGCUGUUUUCUGUUUUUCCCCCCCCCCCUCAUUCAUCUUGUAUCCAAAACAACAGGGAGUAAUUUUUUUUUUUUUUACUUAAUUUUUUCUUUGCUGGGAGUGUGGAAAGCACAAGUUAACGGACAGACCUGGGUGUCAAUAAAAAGGGAUUUCUUAAUCUCUGAAAUUAUGUACAGCAUGUUUC